AUGGUGGCUCCUCAGCCUGGCAGGCCACACCACAGUGAGGGGCAGGCACCCUGCAACACCCCACGGGGCUCCCGGCACCCCACGGCCACUCCCAGCCCCAACCCACGGGCACCACACAACACCUACCCACCCGCAGGCUCGCGACACCGCGUCCCGCGGCACUGCCCUGCCCCUCGAAACCCACCGAUCCCGCAGCCCCCUCUCCUUGCGCGCCGCGGCACCGGCCCCAUCCACCGCCCGCCCCACAGGGCGCCCGCAGCAUCCGCCCUCCGCCCCACGGGCACACCCCAGCGCCGCCGCCCUCCGACCGAGCCCCGCGCCGACCGGCCCCUGCGGACACUUCUCGUCCCCUCCCCUGUCCCCUGUGCCUCAGUGACCCCCGCAGCCGCUGUCCCCACCGCCCCCCGUCCCUCGAGCGGCCCCGCGCCCCGGCCCCGCUCACGGCGCUGCGGCGGCUCCGCGCUCCAGGCCGCGGCCCCGCCCCGGCCGCCAUUGUGCGGCACCGCCCCCCCGCCCCGGGCCGCGGGCACGGCGGGCGCGGGUGCCGCAGCCGCGGGGUCCCGCCCGCAGCAGCCGCGGCCGCCGCUCGGCGGGCCGGGCCGGCCGGCCGCACUCACCCCGCCGCUGCCCCCUGCUCGCCCCGCGCGGGCCCCACGGCGCAUCCUCGGCCCCGGCCCGGGAUGCGACAGCGAGGCGGCCGGCCCGGCCCGCACCACCCGCGCUCCGCAGGGGGAGCGGCAGCGCGCCGCCGCCUCCCUGCUCCACGCAGCCCGCACCCCACGACGCCCCGCUCGGGAUGGCGAGGCGUCGCCGCGGGACGCGCUGCCGUCCCCGGCUGGGGGGCUCGUGGGGAGGGUUCCGUGGGAAAGUGGGUAA